AUGCUUCAGGACCUGCAUACCAAAUGUAAAGAUGUGCGAGAUAAACGAAAACUGUCAAAACUAUAUCAGAAAAUAGAACGCUUUGCGUCUGCAUGGGAGCCAUUCUUCGAAGUCACUUCGAUCUUUGUGCAGGCACAUUCUGAGUUCGCGGGCAUCGCCUGGGGUGCCAUCUGUCUCAUGUUCCUGCUUGGAACGAAUUAUACCGUGCAUUUGGAGAAGCUCGUCACGCAAAGACGGGGGACAUGUGCAGUAUGGGUGGCUUAA